AUGGCAACUGUGACGACUGGCCGUGGUGAACUGUCGGCGACGCUUGAUCCACAUUUGUUUACAUUCAAACCGAAACUUAAUCAAAAAAGUAGUGAAAUAGCUCAAAAUCUUAUAUCGGAUUUUUAUGAACGUCAACUACAGCAUACCAAACGACUUCAAGAGUUUAAAGAAUUAGCUGCUAAUAACUAUGGUAAAUGGUAUUGCCGUGAGAAACGAGUUAAACCUCAAAAUGAAAGUAACAAAGCAACUACAGAAAAUAAACUCAUCAGUGAUGAAACGUCAUCUGCUGAAGAUAAUGACAUAUCAAGUGCACCUACAACAAUUGAAGAAAAUCGAACUAAAGAACGUCUAGCACGACUUGUUCGUGUCUAUGGUGCAGCUUUACCGAGAAGAACAGGACUGCCAUCAGCACGUAUACAAACACGAGUGAAUCGCCAUGUACAAGGACGAUCCGGAUCUUCAGAAGUAUCAGUAGCAGAAGCUCAACGAGGAGCAGAAAUCUCAGUAGCGUCGACAGCCACAGUGCUAGCGCCGCCUGCCCAAGCACCACCACUGCCACCACUAUCACAGCAUGUACCUAUUUCAAUACGACCUUUUCGAAGAAUUUCACCAAUAGUUCGCCCUAAAUCGCCAGCUAAAGUUGUUCGACAACCCGAUAUAUCACCUAAGCGUCCUAUAAUAAAUGAUUCAAUAAAUAUAGAAAGACUGAAACUUGCACGGGAUGAAGCCGAACGCGCUAUGAAAGAACAUAAAAUAUUUACAAUAAUUGGUCCAUAUCCAGCUUUAAGAGAAGCUUUACGACGUCGUGGUUGGAUUGAAAAAUUCGAUCGAGGUCCAUCAUUACCAGGUGGCCACGGAAAUAAAAAAUCUGAUAAAAAAAACAAUAAAAGUGAUGAUGACGAUGAUGACGAUACAAAUGAUGAUGAAUUGGGUGAUGACGAUCUCGAUGAAAGUCCCAUGGAUGAUGAUGAAGAUAAAAUUCAACCAUGGGAAGAAAAUGAUGGUUAUUAUGGACUUUUAUCACGUCUUGUUAAAACGGCUCCACCAGAUUUCAUAUGGAGUGUGCAAGCUUCAUAUGAUACAAGUAGUUUAAAUAAAGAUCAAAUGGUUAAUCAUUAUUCAAGAAAUGGCUGUUUUACAACAAAGGUUGGUCUUUGUAGUAGUCUGAAAAGUUUGCCAUGGUUUUAUUCGGGUUGUGCUGAUGAAUUUUAUCCAAGAUGCUAUAAAAUAACGCAUGAAGAUGAUAAAAUUGCAUUUAUUGAUGAUUAUCGUUUAACAUCAUGCAUUAGUUUUCUUAAAGUUGUUCAAAAUCGAUGUAGAGGAAUCAUGGAACCUGAUAUGAAUUCAAUUUUAGCUAUGAGUUCCGAUGAUCGUUCUAAUCCAUCAUUAAAUCCCGAUGAAGAUUCACUAUUAUUAGGAAUGAAUAUAUUACCUUCAACUACAUUAUCUCCUAAGCCUGUUCUAGGAAAAAUUCCAACAACAAAAAAAGUUCCCUCAUCAUAUCUUGAAUUUGCUUUAAAAAAAGUCGAACAAUAUGCACUAGCAUGUGAUCAUGAAGAUAUUGAUAUAAGUCUAAAUUUACAAAAUGAUACAACCGACGAACAAUGGGCACAGUUCAUUGAACAAUUCUAUGCUGCUUCACAUUCGUUUAUGGAAAUCGAAGGAAUGGAAAAGUAUUUGAAUAAAAUUGAUCAAUGUUUGAAAAAUGUUGAACAAAAUUGGCCACAAUAUCAUAUUGACGGUACAAGAAACAUAUGGAUACUCAAACCAGGUGCUAAAUCAAGAGGACGAGGAAUUGUUGUUUACGAUCGUCUUGAUGAUAUAUUAAAAUUAACUACAUCAUCGUUAGUAAAUGAUAGAAAAUUUGUUGUACAGAAAUAUAUUGAACGUCCAUUACUUAUUCAUAAUACAAAAUUUGAUAUACGCCAAUGGUUUUUAGUGACUGAUUGGAAUCCAUUAACCAUAUGGAUGUUUAAAGAUUGUUAUUUACGUUUUUGUACUGAACAUUUUAGUUUAUCAACAACACAACAAAGUGUACAUUUGUGUAAUUAUUCCAUACAAAAACAUUAUAAAAAUAAUUCAAAUCGACAUGCCGAUUUACCGGUGGAAAAUAUGUGGACUAAUGCUGAAUUCAUUGAAAAAUAUCUCAAACCUAAUAAAUUAGCCGACAAAUGGGAUUCAUUUAUUUAUCCUGCAAUGAAAGAUUCGAUUAUAUGUUCUAUGCUUGUUGCACAAGAUACAAUAGAACCAAGAAAGAAUUCAUUUGAAUUAUUUGGUGCCGAUUUUAUGCUUGGUGAAGAUCUUAAACCUUGGCUUAUUGAAAUAAAUUGUAGUCCAACUAUGGCUCGUUGCACAGCAGUAACAACCGAAAUGUGUGAUGGUGUUCUUGAAGAUACUUGUAAACUAAUAAUUGAUCGAAAAUAUAAUCGAGUAAAUGAUACAGGUCGUUUUGAAUUGAUCCAUAAAGGACUGCCUGUACCAGUUCCAAUCUAUAUUGGCAUUGAUCUUCGUAUUGAAGGUAAAACCUGUAAAACAAAUCGAACGCAUAAUAAUAAUUCAAAUACGAAUGGAACACAUAAUAAUAAUAAUAAUAAUGCAACGAUAACUACACCUGUGUCUGCACCACCACAAGUACGUGCAUCAAAGGAUGCUACAGCUGAUAAUGAUUCAAAUCAACUUCAUUCAAUCAGUGCUCUUGAUGCUAAUCAUGAUAGAUCAUCUUCAAAAAAUGGCGGAAUAAAUCAACCGUCUGGAGAUUAUAAUGAUAUAGCAUCAUCAACCGAUUCCAUAUUAGAUAGAGUAGAUAAUAAUCAAUAUCGUUUUCAUUCAAAUAAUCGAUCAACAAAUGGCGCACGACGUAAACAAUCAAAAGUAAAGUCAAAUCGGAUUUCAGCUAAUAUUCUUUCAAAUCAACAAUUAAAUCCACCAAAACUCAAUGAUCGUGUACCAUCACCAAAAGAAACGAAACCUUCUCAAACUCAUCCAUAUUUUCGUCAAUGUCAAAGAUCUGCAUUGCCCCAGCGAAUACAAGAACAGCAAUUAGAUAAAAAUUCUUCGCCUAGUUGUCAACGACCAAAAACAACUUUGACAUCUCUGAGGCCGAAUCCUAUUCCAAGUAUUCCUACGUCAUCCACACUUACUAUAAUCGAUGCCGGAAAAGAGCAUAUAAAUGUUAUUGCAGUAGCUUGA